CUAAAAGAACCACUUUGAGGAUCAAUCCCUUACUGAAUGAAUGUCCUUUUGAUCAGUGAUCACAGAAGGAGAAGGCACUGUGAAUGAGAACCUCUUUCCUUUCUGGCUACCAAACGUGCUAAUAAAAGAGCUUAUUCUGAGUUUGAAUUCCUCGAAUUCUGUAAGCUAGCUUGGUCUACCUGCUUUGUUCUGAUUUCAUUGUAUUCCUCCGUAUUCAGCAUUCGCGCCGGUGUCACAAAAAGCAAAAGCAUAUCAAUUCGUUGAGGCAACUAGUCUUGGUAAGGUUUUUUCCACUGAAUGAGAAGUUUGUAUGAUCCAGAUGUUUUGAAGGCGUGUUUGCCCCUGUGAUACGCGUACGAGGAGUCGACGGGGAAGAGCCGUGCUGGGGUUGGAAGAGGUUCCAGCUUUAGAGGAGCCUCCCUAUCUUAUCCCUUGUUGGUCUUAUUUGACAGCUCAGCUUUGUCUCGGGCAGAUUUUGGUCCAUGAUGGACUCUUUUUAUUUAUUUUGACGAUUGGAUUUCUAUAUGAAUGGAAAAGGGGUGCUUCGGAUCGGGAGUAAAGUGAUAGGGCACAAAAUGGGGGGAAAAAGAAAGGAAAGAGAAUAAUGCCCACGUUUAAUCAAUUGAUUCGUCAUGGUAGAGAAGAAAAACGGCGCACGGACCGUACUGAAGUUUUGGUCUUUGGUUUGCUGGUUACACGUAUUAUCCGUUUUGUACAUUCUGUUUUGUUUCCCAUCCCAGUCUUUUGCAGCAUAAAAGUCCUUUUAGAUUCCUUUUGUUCGCUUCCUAUUAUAAACAAACUUUCCAAAAAAUGGCAACUGAUUUGGUUUUAUGUUAUUUCAGUUAUUCUCUGUAAAUCUUUAUUUGCUGUAGGAUACUUGUGGAUGGACGACUUAAGUCGUGCCAUUUCUCAGUUCUACCCGGUGGUAUCCGGAGGACUAGGAGGAGGAAAUACGCCAAUGCCCCCGACAAAUCCAUCUGAGGGUGGUCUUUUAGAAGGAUAUUAUGCUCAUGAGAAUGAGCACUCUCACGAUCAGCAGAGGGGUUCACCUUUCUGGUCGAAAGAGUACAAGGAAAGUGGCUCAAAACGCCUUUUCUUGAACCUCGAGGUAGAGGAUCAAAACACAGAUACCAUCGGGGAGCAAGUAAAAGCAGAGAGUGAUAAAUGCGAAAAAAUCAAGGCAAAAAUAAUAGCAAAAACACAUGAACUCUUAGUAUCCGAAGGUUACCAUAUUCCGGAUGAACGGGAUAUAGAACGAGCAAUAAAUGUUGUGAUGACUGAACAUGAAAUGAUCGAUAUCGAUCGGCGUAAGAAAAGAUUCUACUAUCUUUAUUCCCGGUUAGGAAAAAACGGAGACAAGUUUUGGGUGGAGCUACUGGAAUUGCUGUCUGACUACGACAUAAAUAAAAGCGAUUCCGACGACUAAACCGCCAUUUCAGGUUUACGUCUUUUGUUAGGUCUCGACUUCUUCGCUAUGAUCUUCCCGGUAGUUCAUAUAGGAGCUAUAGCCGUUUCAUUCCUUUUCGUUGUUAUGAUGUUCCAUAUUCAAAUAGCGGAGAUUCACGAAGAAGUAUUGCGCUAUUUACCAGUGAGUGGGAUUAUUGGACUGAUCUUUUGGUGGUGAGUUUCCUUUUUUCUUUUUUUCGCUAUGCGCCGCUCCGCCAGCAAGGAGUGCCACGCACAAGCAGAGCGAAAACAAACAAAGCAGGGGAGGGGGAAUUAUUCGUUGGGGGAAAUCCUUUGAUUGCGUAUUAUAGAUCCAUGUCUUUC